UGCUGGAACUGCUUUUCAUCUUCUGCCGCAUCAAAGGCUCAUUUCGCUCGUGGCGCUGAGAAUGAAGCGAUCCGCUGCACCUGUACAUCACCAUUAAAGCCUUUUCUACCCACUUCAAACCAUUGCAAUGAAAAAGAGUAAACCGAUUGCGCUGGACCGGCGUGAUAUUCAUUCCCUGCUGGAUCUGAUCGGUGGGUACGGUGCUGUGGUCGCCGCGGGGAUCAUUGCCAUGCUGUCGGUGUUCGCGGCGUUCUUCAUUUACCGAUCCGUUAGAGGUCAGCGCCGGAAGGAUGGCGAGAAUAACGGGAAGGAAACGGCAGCAGCAACGGAAGAAGGGAGUUUGGCUCGGAAGAGGAGGAAAGAGAUAGAUAAUCAACCUACCGAGGCAACAGGUGAGCAUCAGGAGGGAAAACCGAAAAAGGAUUGCAGUGAAUCCAGAGGUGAUAUAGACCUCUCAGUCACCAACAACAUACUCCUUCCUACUGAGAAAGACCUGAAUGAAGCCACUCUCAAGGACCUGGAAGAAAUAACAGAUGAGCUCCUAACGGAAUUGGAACCAGAUUUGGGAGACAAAACAGAUUCUGAUCUGGAUCAAUGCAUGGAAAUGGAUCCUGACGAUAACACUGAAUGUGAGGAUCAUUUUCAACACAAGGAUGACGAUGAAGGAUGUGAGGAAGAUGCCUGUAAGCUUUUGGCUGAUGUGAGUGUACAGUCCACCCAGUGUGAGGCCAGUGAGUCUGUUGAGGAGUAUCUGAGAGAUCUGGACGAGUCUGAGACCGGGCCGAGUGGAGAUACAGAUGAGCCAUCUGAAACUGAAAGUGCUCAGGAGAUCAUUGAUCAGAGACAUCAAGAUGUCCCUACUUGUAAACCUCAGGAAGAUUUGCUAGAUCAUGCCUUCACUAAUCAAAGCAAUUCUACUCGAGACCAAGUCAUGGAUCAAUCCAAGCAUAGUAAGAUCCAAUUUGAAGAGGACAACAAAACGGUGUCAAUGGUGGGGGAAGUGGAAAAUGCAUACAAAAAGCUUGAAGAUCAUCAUGAUUGCCAUUUUCCACACAAAAAUGACUUUGAUUGCUGUUGCAGUGAUAAGCAGACAGAUACGGCAGACAAAAUGAAGAACCAGCCAUGGUUUUACAGUGGAAGCUACUCCAAAGAUGCAAUGAAAAAUCACUACCAAGACCACAGAAACAGGGUUGACUACCACAAUGAGCCCUUGCACCAAAACUUCCUGGGUUUCCACACUGGUAAUACCUUCAUCGAUGGAUCUUCCACACAGGCCUGCCUCUCAAGCGAGUCCAGUGAGAAGAAAGCGGAUAAGAAAUGUGCGUCAAUGGCAAAAAAACAGGAAAAGAAUGAGAUUAGUAUCAUGGAUGCCAUAAUGGACAAUAACGAGUGGCUAAAUGUAGGCGGGCCAGAGUUGCGAGAUCUUCCUUGGCUAACACCAGCUGCAACUUGUUCCCCGUCAUCUGUUGACGAAAAACGCACACAAAGUGAAAACAGUGAGUUUGAAACGAUUGUCACACUGGGGCAAGUAAACACUAGUUUAAUCAAAGAAGAAGAUGAAGACUUGGCAUAUAAAAGAGUAGCAACUGUUCCGCCUUUGCCACAACCGGUUAACGUCACCUUCAGGAUUCACUAUAUCACCUACUCUCCAAGCCAGCUGGUCGCUGUUACUGGGAGUCUGCAGGAGUUGGGGGCCUGGGAGAGCUUUGUUCCGCUCAACAGAGCCAAGGAUGGGUUCUGGUCCAACACUAUCACCCUCCCCAUGGAGAGCCAACUGGAGUGGAAGUUUGUCCUGGUAGAGGAUGGAAAGAUCUGCCGCUGGGAGGAGUGUGGAAACCGCUCUCUUGUUUUAGCAAGUCAAGAUGAAGAGGUCUAUCUUGAUAAGUGCUGGGCAUGUACUUGAUCUCAGAGGAGACUGUCUCCUUUCAACUCUAUACAGCAAUAAUAAUCCAUAGUGCAUUACUUGGAUCCAAUAUGUAAGGUAAUCAUAUACAAUUGUAAUAUUAUUGGAUAUUAAUGAAUUGUUCUGAUAAAGCAUGAGGCUGUGGAACUGUUACUAUAGUAAUACGAUUAUACGAUUACUAAUAUGCAUUUUUUUUUUUUUUUUUUUUUUUACUUUAAUAAACAAUGUGCUUAUGGGUUGAUUGUCCGUCAUUGAGACUAUAACCCUGUUACAGCAACAUACCAAAAUGUUGAAAGUCGACAAAAAAGUCUUUGGAUAUUCCAUUAUUCAACAAAAUUUCAGAAAUGUCCCUGGCUCAAAAUAUAUUUUUUUGUCAGGAGCAUCUUUAGUUGAUACAUACCAAAUGUUGUGCUAAUUAAACGGCUUGCAGAUUAAAAAAAAUAUAUAAAAAAAUCAAAGUGGGAGAAAUUGUUUCUUGUGACAAUGAAAAUACAUGCGAGCAUUUCAUUUGGGACCAUAUGGUUCCAGAGUUGUUGAUGUAAAUGUGCUAUUUAUAGCGCUACCUAGUAACGGAUGGAUAUGUGUGAGCACCUGAGUAGUCCGGGGGGAUUUGGGACCAUCAAACCAAGUUUGGGAUCUCUAUGAUUUACAGUGUCUGACACCCAGACACUUUUAGGGCAGAAAAAUAGAAAAUUAGUACAUGUACAGUUUCAGCACCUUUGGAGUUUGGACACCUAAUGAUGCAUUUCAGAGCUUAGAAGUACAUUUCAGAAAUACAAAUACUAGAUAUACUGUAGGUAUUGCACUAACUGAAGCUGAAGGGCCACUUGUGUCACUUAUUCACUCAAAAAAUAUUUUUGCAUAUUUUUAAAAUGUAUGCAUUUAAAUAAUAAUAAAAAAUCUAUCCAAUUGAAAUGUGUAAUGAUUAACAAAAUUAAAUUAAACUUUUUUUUUUAUUUGAUGAAAUAUUACUCAUUUCAAUUUGAUGGAAUUUUAUGAAAUUGAAAUUAUUUUGUGUUCUUAAUAAUUUGACAUUAUUUGAAAAAAUAAAAGCACAUUUCUAAUUUCAACAUUUUGUACUUUUUUUUUUUUAUUUUUAUUUUUUUUUUUUUUGGAUGAGAAAAACUAGCUUUUUGUCACGUGGCCCAUAUUUGAUUUCUGACCAUUGAAAAUGAGUCAAAUGUAACCAUUUUCAGAUGGAGCCACAUUUGGAGUUCCAUAUUUCUGGGAUCUAAAUAUAUAGCGUUUUAAAAAUGAAGAUAUAAAAUGGAAAGUUUGUUCUAAACAAGAGUCUGAAAGCAUAUUAAGAUAUCUUUAAUAUUUCUGGAAUUAUAGACACAACAAAAAAGUGCCUUUUUUUCAAUAUUUUGACUCAUACCAUUGGCAUAAAAUGCAACAAGGGCUGCUGAAGUCAACUGAUUUUAGUAAUAGACCUUCCUAUCGCUGUGUAAAAAUAAAAUCAUGACACUAACACCUUUCUUUGGUUAUUUUUCCCCCUGUAGUUUUGCUACAAAAUCAGAUGAAAAUUUUAAUUUCGACCCCCCCCCCCCCCUCUACAAAUUAAUGGAUUGUUCAGUAAAUAUUGAUCCAUGGUAUUUAAUAUUUUGGCUUUCAUCAUCAUUAUGGUUAUCUUUCACCAAUAAAAAAAUAUAUAUCGAAACAAAAUUUUGAGCCAGGGACCUCUUGUUGAGUUUAAGGGAUGACCCACUUGUCUUUUAUGUGUAAAGGAAAAUUCGGUAACACUUUUCAAUAGGUUUAUAUUCGUUAACAUUAGUUAAUGCAUUAUGUAUCAUGAACUAACAACAAAUACUAAUGUUAAUGAACACAACCUUAAUGUAAAGUGUUACAGUGCCAAAUCCUUCUUCCAGAGAUAAAGUAUAAAAAUAUAUCUCCAAUCUCAGAAUGCUUUGUGUUAGCUACAAUGUUGCAGUAAUCACAUUGAUGAGGAUCAUUUAUGUUAAACUUUUUCUAAUUAUGUAAUUGUGACACAAUCCUUGUAUGAUAUCAGGUUGUUUCUAUAUUCUUAUCAUUAGGUCAGAAACAUACUCUAAUGCAAAUAUGCCAGUGGAUUGCAUGUGUGCAGUCCCAUUGUACAUAUUGCAUUAUGAAUUCUGGUUUGGAACACCACAACACAUGAAAUCGAGCUUGCAUCGCUAGAAGCGUUUGGGUGCAUGUAUUUGUGUGGAGUAUUUUUCACAGUGGUGAAAGCUUUGAGAACUGCAUUUCAGAUUUUUUUUUGUUUCUUUGCCAGUUUGGCAUUCCACUCUGAUGGGUCAGUAAGUUAAAUGCUGACAUAAAGUCAGCUUAUACUCUUCCUAAAUCCCAGCCUUGAAUGUCCAAAUACUGUCAUUCUCCUAAUCAUGAGCUCUGCAGCUGCAGUUUGGCCUUGAAAUGACUGCCAAGUUCUGCCUGUUAGCGUCCUCUGGGAGCAGUUCAGGUGAUGAACAUGGUGAGAAGUCGGAUGUUGUAAUCUGCAGAUCUUUUAAUUUUAUUACAUCAUUCAAUUCUGCUAAAAUGACAUCAGCAGCUGCUAGUGUCUUAGUUUUGUUAUUAUUGCCAACUGCAUCUAGCAUACCCUAAUUUAGUCCUUACAUAGAUUCUGCUUUUUAGGUUUAUGAAAUAUCUCAGUAGCAAAACUACGCAUCAUAAUAUAAUAUGAUAAAACGUUUUAUUUUUUUCCCACAAUGUCUGCCUUAACAGAAUGAAUGAUCUUUGCUGCUCACACUUUGGACUAAAUGUUUUCUUUUUCUUUUGACUGUACCUGUUCAUGUUUUUUGUUUGAUUUUUCAGUCAAAAUUCAGGUGUAAUACUGUUUUUGACCUUUAAAUGUAUGUUUAACUGUCAAUCAGUAAAUGUCACAGAAUAUUAUUUAAUUCAAUAAAAUCAAUUGCAAUAUUAACAAUAAAUUGCUCCUGUCAUAUGCCACCAAAUGCACCUCACUGGAUUAUACAUUUCCAUGCCAUGGGCACUGACACACCCCUGGCCCAUACAGACACUGGCUUUUGGACCUGAUGCUAAUAACAACUUGGAUGGUCCUAUUCCUCUUUGGCCCGGAUAACACAAUGGCUGUGUUUUUCAAAAACUUUUUGGAAUGUGGACUCUACAGACCAAAAAACACAGUUCCACUUUUCUGCUUUCCAUCUAAAAUGAGACCGAGCCCAGAGAAAUCGGCAGCGCUUCUGGACAGUGUUGAUGUAUGGCUUCUGCUUUGCAUAGUAAAAUCUUAACUUGCAUCUGUAGAUGCAGCAGCGACUGGUGUUGACUAACAAAGGUUUACUAAAGUUAUCCCAAGCCCACGUUCAUGAUAUCCAUUACAGAUGAAUGAUGAUUUUUAAGACAGUGAUGCCUGAGGGAUCAGAGAUCAUGCGCAUUCAGAAGUGGUUUUCGUCUUGCCCUUUACGCACCGAGAUUUGACCAGAUUCCUUGAAUCUUUUAACUAUAUUGUGCACUGUAGAGGGUGAAAUGCCCCAAAUCCUUUCAAUUUGUCUUUGGGGAACAUUGUUCUCAAAGUGCUGGAUUAUUUGCUGAAGCAUCUGUUGGCAAAUUGACAAGUCUCGAAUGAUCCUUGCUCUUGAAGGACUAGGCUGUUUUUGGAAGCUCCUGAUAUACUAUGACACGACUGCCUCACCUGCUUAACAUCUCUUGUUUUACAUCGUCUUAUUUCAACUUGUCAAAUUGUUAUUAGUCUUAAAUUGCCCCUGUCUCAACUUUUUUGGAGCAUGUUGCAAUCAUCUGAUUUGAAAUAACUAUACAUUUAAAAAUAAAUAAAAACUUAACUGGGUAAAACAUCAUACAAUGUGUAGUUGUAGUGCUUUCAAUAUAGCAAAGGGUGAAUAUAAUUUACAAAUCACUCAUUUUUGUUUUUAUUGGCAUUUUUUAUACUGUCCCAACUUUUUUGGAAUUGGGGUUGUACAUUAC